UUUCAGAAAAUGGAACUACAAAUCCUUUUCGUUUUAUUUUUCCCGCUGGCAUUUUCAUUUCGAGACCAAAUUGUAGGCGUGCGAGGGAAAUUAUCUUGUAAUAACCGGUUAUUGGCAGGCGCAACAGUUCGGUUGAUAGAGAAAAACUAUAUAGGUCCCGAUGUCAUCUUGGCCGAAAAUAAAACCGACUACCAAGGAUCUUAUGUGGUCAUUGGAACAGGAAGAGGCGUUCUUGAAAUGAGCGUUUUUUUGAGAAUAUUUCAUGAUUGUGACGAUAAAGUUAUUCCUUGUCAACGAACAGUCAGUCUACGUGUCCCAUCUACGUACAUUAGUCGAGGUACUACAGUCAACAAUUAUUUUGAAGCAGGCACUAUGAACAUGGCAUUCCGUUAUCCAGAUGAACAACGCUCUUGUACAGACAGGAUAUUCAGUUGAAUAGGCACGUGUAUCCCAUUUUCCUGUGGGUUUUUCUUGUGAGAAUGAUGAUCUUCCAAGAAGUUAUCACUAUUGGAUUUAUAUUAUUGAUAAAAAUGUUAUUAUAUUAUAUAUAUUACGUUUAACAUUUUUUUGAGGUGGUUAAAACUGGACUAUUAGGCCUCCAAAUAAGUUCCGUGUCAAAA